AUGAGUCGGAAUAGAGCAAGGAAUCAAGGUGAAGCAAUGAAUAUAAUCGAUGUCAUCGUUCUUGUCCUGCUUAUGACGCUCAUUUCAUUCUAUGGCCUCUACAAGUCACUCAGAGGGGCCAAGAAAUCUUCAACCAAUGGAGUGCUGCACGAUGCCAACGUAUCGAUUCUUUCGUCAGCCUUGUCUGUAUGCUCAGGAUUCAUUUCAGCCAUCUCAUUACUUGGCUAUCCGGCCGAGGUUCGUUUACCGUUUCGUUGA